AAUGAGUUCAAAUGAUAAAUAUGAUAGAUAGGUUAGAAUUUGGGGACCACAUGGAUAGGCAAGACUAUAAAAUGCAAGAGUGUUAUUAUUGGGGUAAUGAUUGAAAUAAUUGAAUUUAGUUGUGAUCCUGUAGGAGUAGAAACUCUAAAAAAUUUAGUAUUACCUGGUAUUGGUUAUGUUAUCAUUGUUGAUAAUAAAUUAGUCACAGAAUAGGAUAUUGAAAACAAUUUCUUUAUUCCUCACGAUACUAUUGGAUAGAGUAGAGCAAAAGUAGUGUUUGAAUAUUUAUUGGAAAUGAACUCAGAUGUUAAAGGAGAGUGGCAUCAAUUAGAGAAUUAUAAUAUCAAUGAUCAAAAAUUUGAUUUAAUAAUAGCAAAUGAAUAAUAGUUUUUAGAAAACAAAUUUAAUUUGAUUGAACUUUAAACUUAUGGAUUUAUUGGUAAAAUAAGAUUGUAUUCUCCAAAAUGUCAUAUUAUAGAAUCAAAACCAAUGAAUCAAAAAUAUGAUUUACGUAUUUUCAAUCCAUUUUAAGAAUUGAAAGAAUACUUUGAUUCAAUAGAAUUCGAAGGUGAUGUAGAUUAUUUAGCUCAUAUUCCUUAUAUUGUUAUAUUAUAUAAGGCUCUAUAAAAAUAUCAUUAAAUUAAUGGAAAAUAUCCAAUUACUUUUAAAGAAAAACAUUAAGAUUUCAAAUAGGUUAUUUUAAGUCUAUGUGAUAAUCUAGAGUAUUAAUAUAAAGGUAAUUUUUAUGAGGCAAUUGAUAAUAUUGAUUAAGCAUUUGAAAGUUAAAAUUGGAAAAACAUUCUUGAAUCAACAGAGAUGGAAUAAGAUGAUAAUGAAAGUUAGUUUUACAUAUUACUGUAAGCACUUAGAUAAUUUGUGUAAAUUCAUGGAGUACCUCCUUUAAGUAAAGCUUUUCCAGAUAUGAAAUGUUUUACAUAAACAUAUGUGCAUUUAAAAAAUAAUAUUUAUGGAGUAAGAAUAGAAAAAGACUUUUAAAUAUUCAAAGAUCUUUGUUAAAAUAAAAUAAAUGAUGAAACAAUACGUUUAUUUAUAGAGAAUGUCUAAGAUUUAAAAACUAUCAAUUAUCGUACUAUUUAAUAAGAAUUACAAUAACCUAAUUAAGUUGAUGAUUAUGAUAAUGAUUGCUACAUUUGGUAUAUAUUAUUGAGAUCAGUUAAUGAAUUCUAUCAAAUUAAUAAUAGAUGGCCAAAUCAAUAAAAGAGUGAUAUCUAAUUAUUAUAGGAGAUAGUUGUAAAAUAAUGUAAAUUAGUCAAUGUGGAUAGUGUACCUGAAUCACAUAUUUUAGAAAUAUGUAGAUAUGAGGGAUCAAAGUUACACAUGAUAGCUUCAGUGAUAGGUGGAAUGGCAUCUUAAGAAGCAGUUAAAUUAAUUACCAAUUAGUUUGUUCCUAUCAAUAAUACAUUAAUUUAUGAUGGACUUAAAAGUGAGGCAUCCAUAUUUGAAUUCUGA